AUGUCUGCCAGCAAGAACCCCGAAGCCAUGACUGCUGCCCAAGGCGAAUUCAGGAGCAGAGUCCCGCCCUCUGAGCCCAUGACCACCAGAGGUCAUGCUCCCGGGGUCAAGGUCGGCAAGGACCGCGUCCCCGAAUUCCACGCCGAAGCCCACAUGCCCGGCACGGCCCCCGCCAACCAAAGCUUCCGACCGGGCCCGGUUGGAGAGUUUGCUGGCCACGCGGGCACAAAUGCGUUCGACUCUCUGACGGGGGCCUCCUCGGCCGAUGUGCACCAGGGGUACGGCCAUCCCGGCGAGGGAAUGACGAGUCAAGAGUUGCACGGGGGCAAGCGGAAAAAGGUUGGUGCCGGGCUGGAGGGCGUUGGCGCGAAUUCGUCGGACCCGAUGCGCGAGUAUGGACUCGAUCGGGAGCAUCCCACGGGAUAUCGCGGCAAGGCGACUGAGGGCUACCCCGAUGCCGAGGAAAGGCUACCAGUUUCGGCCGAGAAGGUGGCCAGCGAGCGGCGUUGA